CAUCAAUUCAUCAACAUUGAAUCGAAUAUAUAUCAAUUCAAAAUUCUUAUUCUUGCGUCACUUCUAUUCCUUUCACAAUUGACCUUUCAUUCUAUCUUCUCUUCUUAAUCCUCCAUUUUUACUCUUCUUUUUCCUGUCCCUUCUCUCUCCUCUACACACCAUUUUCUCUCUCUAAACCCAUUUUUUCACUGAUUUUCUUGAUUGAUUGACUGAUAGAAAUCGAAAUAUGGGUAAGAUUGAUGAUCUAUACAUAACAGUUCCCAGUUUCUUCAAAUGUCCGAUUUCACUUGAUAUAAUGAAAUCUCCGGUCAGUCUUUGCACUGGUGUAACGUACGAUCGUGCGAGUAUUCAACAAUGGUUGGAGAGCGGGAAUAAUACAUGUCCAGCUACUAUGCAGGUUCUUGACAGCAAGGAAUUCGUACCGAAUCAUACUCUUCAACGACUCAUUCAGAUCUGGUGUAACAACAAUCAUCUAUCUCAUUUUCGUUCUAAUUUGAAUCCGAAAUUUCAAUCGAUUUCUUGUGCUGUUGUUAAGGAUUUAAUCAUACAAUUGGUUGAAAAAGAACAUGCAGAUGGAUUUGGGAUAAUGUUUGAGAUUUUUGUUAAGAUUCUUUGUUUUGCUACCGAAUCAGACGAUAAUACCAAAUUUUUAGCGAAUGAUGAGAAGUUUAUUGAUUAUUUAGUUAAAUUUCUGUGUUCUAAAGGUCCAGAUCUGAAACCAGACCUUCUAGAAGCUGUUUUGAAGAUAUUUCAUCUGAUUAUUACGAAGGGAAAGAAGAUACUAAAUCCGAGCAGCUGCAACUCUAUCUCGACGACUCUAGUCCGGAUCUUGAGAACUAGAGGGUCCGGGUCCGAGUUUGGGUCCCAAGUUGCAGCCGCGGGCAUAAUUGAGACGUUUGCUCAAAACCCAGAAUUAAAAAAGCAUGUGUUUGAGCAUCACGAGCUUGUAUUUGAGCUCGUGCAAGUGCUCAAACACCGAGAAAUCAAGCAAGAUGAAAUACAAGCUAUUUUAUCUUGCUUGAUUUCUCUCUCUUCAGCUCGGACUAACAAAAGAAAAUUAAUCCGUGUUGGAGGAGUUAAAAUAAUAGUGGACUUGAUGUCCAACAUUAAUAGUAAAAAUUUGACUAUUGAGCUCCUCGUGACCCAACUAGAAACGCUAGUUGGGUGCACGGAGGGGCGAGCAGCGAUAAUUGAUGAUCCAAAUUGUUUACAAAUGAUCAUCAGCAAGGUUAUGAAGGUUUCGAAAUCGACGAAUGAGCAUUGUAUUGCAAUUCUAUGGAGUUUGUGUUAUUUGUUUAGAGAUCAAAGGGCUAAAGAAGGUGUAAUGAGAAGUAAUGGUGGAUUAACAAAGAUAUUGUUGUUAAUGCAAAGUGAUUGUUCUCCUGCUGUGAAGAAGAUGUGUUGUGAUUUACUUAGGAUUUUUAGGGUUAAUUCUAAAUCUUGUCUUUCUAGCUAUGAUACUAAAACUACUCAUAUUAUGCCAUUUUAAUUACUCUUUACCUAUGUUUUUAUUUUAAUUUUGAUUUGGUUCAAAAAUAGGCAAGGGGUAUACAAGAAUUUUGUAAAUGAUAAGGGAAAACAAAGAGAAUUUUUGGUGAAUUAUUAUAGAAAGGAAAUUCAUUCCUUCAUUAAUUUUAGUGUUCAACAAUUAGUGACCAAUUGUUUCAUUUGCAUUUUGAAUUAUUAAUCGAUCACUUUUAAUUUGUAUUAUUUUUUGUUUAUAAGUUAAAUAUAGUCAAAUAAUAUUUUC